AUGGCGGAUGAUGAAGGAAACCUUUCUGCCAAGUCGCACAGAAAGAAACAAGCUGGGCCUAAAGCAGAGAAAAAGAAACAAAAUAAACACCCGCCAGAAGCUGCUAGUGCUGAGAGAAAUCGCAAGGCCUUCUCAUUCAAGUCGGCCGUUAGAGCAGCUCGCCAGUUUCGUCGAAAGCAAGAUGUUGAGACAAAGCGACAUCACGAACCAGUUGUUGAUCGAACGCCACUAGAACCUCCACCAUACAUCAUAGCAGUGGUUGGACCACCCAGAGUUGGUAAAAGUACGCUCAUCAACUCACUACUGAAGAAUUUCACCCGUCAGCAGUUAUCUGAUGUGAAAGGUCCUAUUACGAUUGUGUCAGGUGAGUGUAUACAAUCAUUAACCACGAUUGUUAUCAAAUGUUCGGGCACAUGUUUCAUGAGGAUCGUAAACCAAGAUCUCCGUGUUACUGAAGGAAUGAAUUGAGCUGCCCAGAAUUACGAAGCUGUUUUUGUAAAUUUACGUAUUUGUGGUCGCGUUACACAUUGUAACCGUAAAAACUUGGCAAACUUUAAUGAGGACUACAGCUGAAGAGCAUUUCUACAGCUUAAGAGCACUUCUCACUUCUCAUUUGGCUUUAGGUGUUUAUAUAUGUUAUAUGAUUAAUUUUUCAGGAAAGAAGAGACGUCUCACUUUGAUUGAAUGUAAUAAUGACAUCAACUCUAUGAUUGACGUGGCAAAAAUUGCGGAUCUGGUAAGUUCACAUAGACAACUUUUGUUAAGUAUACUUAUGUUGUAAGAUUCUGAGAACACCUGCUUGACAUAGAAAGGAAUGACAAAGACACAUCCAAACCAGUUACUAGACACGCUAAUCUCUUAAAUCAUUCUACACCAUAAGAACUAUAUAACAGUCUGCAGCUUUUCCCAACAUCAAGGUAAUUUGGAAAGUUGCAAAAGUUUAGAACAAAAAUUUAUCGUUCAAACCCGAACUCUUAAUCACCAUGGUAUCAACAAAUUCCUUUCAUUCAACUAAUUUAUUCUUGUGUUUUUCUCAUUACCAUGUUCCCACAAAUAGCGUAGCUUCAUUUUUUUGUUAGAAACCACACACAACCCUCAAUGCACUCUGAUGAAGGGCCAACACUUGAAACCUCAGCUUUAGAAAGUCUUUUGGUGGCCAAUUAACAUUAAAAACACAGUUGAUAAAAAUAAAUUACCUUUAUCUAUUAAUGCUUUGUGGGUGAUGACAACAUCAUUAUUUAAUCAUUAGGUCACUUUCUGAGGCUAAAACCUGAUUUGUGUUGUUUUUGCUUCUGUUUGUAAACAUUUCAAGGUUCUCCUCCUGAUUGAUGCUAGUUUUGGCUUUGAAAUGGAAAUUUUUGAAUUUCUGAAUAUCUGUCAAGUUCAUGGCUUCCCAAAGAUCAUGGGUGUCUUAACACAUCUUGACUUGUUGAAGAACAACAAAGCCCUUAAGAAGACCAAGAAGAAACUGAAAACUAGGUUUUGGACAGAAGUUUACCAGGUGACUGUUUGGUUUCUAGUCGUAAUCUUUACUUCCCAGGAGUGACUAACACAUAAUUUCUCCUCACAGUAUCAAAACAUUAUCAAACAGCCAAGAGAUACAAAUAGCAAGAACUGUUAAGUAGGGGAUUGACAUUAUAUCAAACACCAAGUUCUCAGAACAAAGUUAGAUAUAAUGCAUGGAGUAAGGAGAAUUUUAAUCAAGAUAAAUGUCUCUGAAGUGAAAGGAUUAAAUUUCUUGUGAAGAUUAAACAUUAGGUAUCAAUAUUAGAGAAAAGGGAGUUUAGUGGCUUCUACACAAAAUUGUGUGGCUUAAUUUUAAUGACACAAGACGUUCUUUACUUCAAGUGGAGAAAAUUCUUCAGUUACCUUGCAUCAUUUUCCUGCUUCUCUACUUCAUGGUAGAACCUUGCUUAUAGAAUUGACAUUUCCAAAAUAUCACAGGUCAGAACCUUCAGACAUCAGUUCUGGUGUCAUUUUUUUUUUUUUUUUUUCAAUAUUUGAAAACAUGUCUUAUUUGAGAUGGUAUUUACUCUAUUUGCAGGGAGCAAAAUUGUUUUAUUUGUCGGGUCUAGUUUACGGCUCUUAUCCUAAAGUGGAGAUUCAUAACCUGGGAAGGUUUAUUGCUGUGUCAAAGUUUCGACCUUUAACCUGGAGAGUUUCACAUCCAUACAUCCUUGCCGACAGGUAAAUUUUUUUACCCUUUUACUUCCAAGAUCUGUUUGUUGUUUUAGAUGCUACAAAUUUCCUUGUAAAUUAGUUGGUGUAAGAUCCAGAUAAGGACCUCUGCUUGAUAUUAGUUUGAGUAUUCUUCUUUUUUUUUUUCUGGAUAAUAAUUAUAUGGAUAUUGUACAGGGUUUUCUUUAAGGUUUUAAGUAGCUGGAACUUUUUUAAAGGUAAACGGUAAAGAAUAUUCAUAUCUCGAAAUCCAAUAUGGCAGACAAAACGUCAUAUCAUUCAUACUUUCCUGCUACUCAACAAGAUUUGUCAAAAAGACAGUCCCCAUCAGAACAUUUUUAAACCAACCCUGAGUCAGAAGUAUUUUUAUGUUUUCAGAAAAGAUAGGCAGAUCUGUAUGGGCUCUUGAAGCAAUGAGAGUAGCCGGGGAAACCUUGCAGAGAAGCUGGCGUACUUUGCUAGCUACCAGCUCUUAUCUACAACCCUGUUGUAGUGAGAGGUCUCGUGUUAAUCACUUCUGGGAGUUUAAAGGAGAAAAGCUGAUAUUUUGCAGAACAUUGAUUUUUCAGUUUUGUACAGUCACAUUCAAGUGACAUAAGAAUGAAAGUAAAGUGAACUAUUCAAAGAGGGUCAUAUAAACUGUAUGUGCCAUACAUGUGCAGCUUUUUUGUUUCCAAUAUUCUCUAUCAAUUUUGUGAAUUUUGUGUCUUCUCUUUCCAGAAUGGAAGAGUUGACAGAUCCAGAACUUAUUCGUCAAAAUGCCAAAUGUGAUAGGAAGGUUUCCCUAUAUGGCUACGUGAGAGGAGCACACCUACAACACAACUCCAGAGUCCACAUCAUAGGUAACUGACAUACAACUACUUUAACAUGGCGUCAUGCAAGCUCUCCCAUUAAGAGAGAAGGCCUUAGUUGAUCAAAGGGUGAAUAUCACUGUCUGCUGGAUAAAACUCUAUCUGGUGGAUAGCAAAGUAAGUUUUGUCAUCAAUUAUCUGCUGGAUAGUAUUUAACCAAUGAAUAGCAUUAUCCACCUUGUGAACAAUGGGGCCCAGGUUUCUAUUUAAGCUACAUGUAGUUGAAAAGAUAAUCAUUACAACCGAAAAUUCAGUUAACAGUGUAACCCUUGUGCAUAUUUAUACAAGUGUUUUAAAGUCUAUGAAUUUACUACCAACAUGGCCUUUAAAACAUGAGAGGUACCAACCAGGAUUAAAUUGUGAUGUAAUAAUGUUUUUCUUUUUUUUUCCUUUUCUUGUUUCCUUUCUCUCUUUCAUCACUUUUCUGUAGGUUGUGGAGAUCACACUCUUGAAGAGAUCAGCCUCCUACCAGACCCUUGUCCUCUGCCAAAUGCAGAGAAGAAACGGUCACUGAAUGAAAAAGAAAGACUCAUAUAUGCCCCUAUGUCUGGAGUUGGGGGUGUCGUCUAUGACAAGGUGACAGUCUAAGUUUAAGCGGCCUUUAUACUCAGUACACAUUCUCCAUACUGUUCUCUAUACAUUUUCUAAGAUGCUGACAAGGAGAAUUUGUUUAACAAUCUAGAGAUUCUUUAGUUGGUGAUGUUCUCCUUUAUUCUCAUGACUUUAAUGUGGAAUGCAGGGGUUAUAUUGUGGUGAGAAAUUAGAUGCUAAUCACUUUUAUGUAACAAAUGGUUUGCAUAAUUUCUGCAUAACACAACAGUUUUCAGGGAUAUUACAGCAUACCUCUGGCUUGCUGUAAAUUAAGUUUCCCUAAAAAACUGUAACCGUUGACAGUUGAAUUUACUCUGGAAAGGCAGUAUACACUGUACAUGUGUUUUAAGAGUUAUAAUUUAGUGGUUGUUUCUAUUCUCCCUUUCAUUACUUGGACCCCAAUUUAAAUUUGCUUUCCCUAUACUGUUUAGUUUUGAGACUUUGGUGAGAAAAGAACACAGUUUCCUUGUUUAUAUAUAUUUUUUUUACCUGAUGUUUGAGAAAGGAUUGAAAUGUUUAGAGGACAUAUGUACCUUUUUGGAAAAGAAAGAGUUUAAAGAUCCAUAAAUUUGUAGCAUAUGUAAAUUUUAGUAAUAUACAGAAUUAUUCAAAUAGUACACUACUUAAAUUGUUUCAACUUUCAUUGUAAAUGUUUAGAAACCCUCCUCACGAUAUACUGUAUUUCAGAUACAAAAAGCUGCUUUCUUAAUGUUUAUUUUGUGCCACUUCUAGGAUGCAGUGUACAUCGACCUUGGCGGAAGUCAGGCAGGGAAAGAGAGAACCAACCCCUCCACUCAGGUGAUUUCUAAAAAGUUUGAAUGCACUCCCAUAAUAUUUGAGACUGAAAUUUCAAGAUACAGGGAAACUUGUGGAGGAAAAUUAAUAGGCUAAGAUAAUAUAAAAAAUAGGCUAGAUAAUACUAAAAGGGUCAAGAUUUUUUUUAAAUGCUAAUGUUGCAAGCAUUUACCCUUCAUAAGAAUGAAGAAAAGAUAAUAUCUUAAGUGUAAGUUAGAAACAUUUUAGAGUGAUCAAUUUCCAUCACAGCCUCAGUUGAAAAAAAUUAAUUAUCUCGAGAUGAGAAAUACACUGAAACUUAUUGAUUAUGAUACAGAGAUUAUUUUUUAUUUUUUAGUAAACAUCUGUUAUGUGCACCAAAACUGAUCAACAGUUUACUUACUGUUUUUGUUGUUAAUUUUUAGGUUGAAAAUCGACCAGGAAAUGAACUUGUGUCUUCUUUAAUUGACACAAAGCAGACAAUUGACAGUAAAAUGCAGACAAGUCAACUGACAUUGUUUAAGGUAAGCAGUGGAUGACAGAGUACAUGGGGAAGCACUAAUAAACAGAAGUUCCGCUUGAUGAAAACAAAUUGCUCAUUAUAAAACAUUUUUUGUUGCAAAGUUGUAACAAUAUUCACAGAAUUACAAGGCUUUAAACCAAUGAAAUGCUUGCAGCUCUUUAGUUCAUGGCCAUUUUGUCUCACAGGAUCAGCUUUUUUUCAUUAUGUAUUAUAUUACUGGUAGCAUUUCAUCAACAAUGAACAUAAAUUCAAGUCUUUCAUUUUCACUUCAGUUUUCCUUAAUAUUCCAGAAAAAUCUACUGUAAAUGAGCUUUUAAAUUCAUUUGUUCUAAUCAGUGAUAUUUAAAUCUGUUUUUAUUAUUUGUUCACAGGAUGGUGCACAAAUAGCACCUGAUGAAGUCAUUGAGUAAGUAUUUUCACACUGUCCCAUAAUUUGAAAUUAUUACAAUUAUUUGUUAUAUAAGUAUUUUUUGGAUCCCUCUUUGUAUUAAAGAAAACUGAUUGUCCCAUUAUAGAUAGGGUAGCAAUUCUUGUUGACACUUAGCGCUCCUAGAGGAGGCCUGUGUUAAAAAUUAUGGUUCUGUUUGGUCACAAAUUGCCCCUAAGGCUCCUAUCUGAAGUGUAUGCGUGGGUGCACGUUUUACAAGUGUAUUUGAAUCGUGCUGUUUCUUUCCCCAGUUUUUUCUAAAUUUCAAAAUAACUAAAAUAUUACCUAUGAGAGGCCUGGUUGGUCAAAAACCUGUCAUUUAUUUCACCGAUAAACCCAUAGAAAAUUUGAAAAUUUGAAGUUUAUUUUAUACAAGCAAUAAACUGCACUCUCUAACGGUAUACCUGCGUUAUAACCAACUGUUGGGUGAACAAGCGAAAAGUUUGUGAAUCACUCACUCCUGGCUCGUGACUGAAAAUAAUUUUUACGUUGUUCUAACAUCCCCAAUGGGUUAUUACGCUGGUAAACCAAUAGAGAGUGCACUCUAUUGCUUAAUUACUAGUCUAUCAUUUGUUAUUUUUUGUUACGAACUCGUUAAACUAAACUAGGCUACAUGCAUGUGCAUUUGAACCACGUAGGGAUGACAACUACUACAGACCCUCUGAAGAAAUUGUUGUGGAUGAGAAUGGUCGAAGGAGAAGGAAAGCUGUAUUUGGUGAUAAUGAAAAUGAGGAUGAUAAGGAGGAAGAUGGUGAAGAUGACGAAGUUAUUUCAGAUGAUGGUGAACAUAGUGAUGAGGAUGAUGACGACGACGAACGUGGUAAUGAUGAUGAGAAUGAUAGUGAUGGCAGUGACAUUGAUGAUGCUGUGGUAGAGAGUGACGAGGAGGAUGAAUUUAACGAGGAGGAUGAUGAUGAAAUAGUUCUAAAGUUGAAUUCUAAACAUGCUAGACGAGAACUGUUGUUAAGGAAGCAAACGGCUUCGGAAAAAGGAACUGAAAAUGGCCGGGAAGGAGACGAAUCACAAGAAGAUUCAGAGGAAGAAGACGAAGGAGAACAAGAAAAGGAGGAGGAGGAGGGAGAGGAAGAACAUAAUGGAAGAGAAUCUGAACAAGAGUACAAUUUUAAUACUAAUGAGAAUUCAAUGAAUGAUUCCGAAUCAGACUCAAUAGUUGAUUUUCCUUCUCUGAAGAGAAAGAGAAAACUUGAUGUUACAGAGAAAGGGAACCAAGAUCACGGUGUUAAAAAGAAGUUAAAAAAUGAAACAGGCUCUGUGAAACAAAAUGCGGUCAAAGGUGUUAAAGCUGAUAAGAAAAAUAAAGAACAGACUGAAAGGACUGGUGAUAAGCCGAGUUUAAUUGAUUCCAUUGUGGAAUCAGGAUCAAUUCUUGAAAUUUCAAAUGACAAAGAGAGUGAAGAAGAUAGUGAUGGAGAUGUCAAUAUAGUGAGCUAUGGUGACUCAGGUGAAGAUGCAAGCGAAGAUUCAGGAUCUGAAAUGGAAGAAGGUAUAGUGUACAUGUAUCAGUUCAAGAUUUAAUGAUGACCUGCAAGUAGACUUACUGAUCGACUGACUGAUUAACUGAAUGAGACACUAACUGGCAGACAAGUGUGACCGACAAACUGACUGACCAAACGUCUAUGUAUUAAAUAAGUGCCUGGAUGACUGAGUUACUGAUCAAUAAACCAACAGACUUCUCGACCAACUGACUUACAGUGUAGCUACAUGUAUCUGAACCAACCAACCGAUGAUCAACGUAAGUGCAAUCAGGAUAGACUAGUAAGAUGGAAAUAUAAGAGAAUGAGCGUGGCAUUUUUAACGGUUCUAGACUACUGGAACUGGAAGUGUUUUACCUUCUUUAUUCCCUAUUUUAGGUGCUCUGAAGUGGAAGGAAAAUCUAGCUCAGAAGGCAGCAGCUGUAUUUCUGCAGCGUCUGCGAGACACGCCAAAUAUACAGAAACUUGUUUAUGGAAAUGGUAACAUUGAUUAUGUAUUUGUUUCUUUGUUCGUUUGUUAUUUAUGUCUCUUCAACUCGAAAUUCGGUGGUCUUUUUCAUUUUCGUUGAGAGUUGAAGUUAGAGAUAUUUUUGAAUGACUACGCAUUGUAUUCAAGCUGCAUCUGACUCGAAGAAACGUCCAAUUUUUGGUCUUAAGAUUCCAAUAACCAUUUUUUUGUGUGUGUAGCUCUUCAAAAUAAGAAAGAAGAGAGAGAAGACGAGGAAAGUGAUGAAGACGCUAUCGGCGGAAUAUUUAAAUUGAAGUCCAUGAACGCUUCUGAAAGUAAAGGCAUUUUACACGACAGAGACUGCUCGCUUGAGGUUAUCACUACGCCGUUAAGGGAUUGGAGUCAACCGGAAGUGCUUCAGAGCAUCCGGGACUGUUUUGUGACGGGCAAAUGGAAAGAUUCUGAAGAUGCCGAGAUGCUCCUCCAGGACGAUGAUACAAGUAUGAACUUAUCUUGUUCAAUGCCUAAAUGUGCAUUCCUAUCAGAGCGCUUUCCGGUUGAGUGUCGUGAAGCCAAAGUUAUCAUAACAGCCAAUCAGAAGAAGAGAUGAAUUUUAUAAAGAACCAGUGAAAAGUCAAAUUGAAGCGCGGGAAAACACGAGUGAUAGAGUCUUGAUUUGUUCUAGUUUUGCACUUGACUGGUAGAGGAUGAUGCAAGUUUUCUCGGCCAAUCACAGAGCGAAGUGAAGCAAAACUGCUAAAUGUGAUGGGGCCUAGAUUGCUUUGGAUUCUAAACUGAAAGCUGAUCAUGAUUACAUGUAUUUUUGACAGUAAAAUUGGUAAGUUAUCGUUAAAAAAGAAAGAAAAGAGAAGAAAAGAAAAGAAAGGAAAUAAAGCUUUUCAUUUUUUUUUUUCAGUUUCCGAUGAUGAAAUGUUCGGAGACUUUGAAGAUCUGGAAACUGGUGAAGUGCAUACGGCUGACGACAAACACAACUCAGAGAGGGAGGGACAAGAGGAUGAACAGGAAGAAAGUGAAGAGGAGAAAACUGAUGGAGCUGAUAGGAGGAUGGAAAUGAAAAAGAAACAGAAGGCGGCUUUUGAUGCAACGUAUCCUUUCUGAAGAAUUUAUUAACUUACACCUUGAACAGCUCCUUGAUCAACUGCUCUAUGGCUAGAUCAGCAUUUCGACUUAUUAUUGAUUACUUCCACGGUUUCCUUUAGAAUGCCAACUCCUUCAGUAGACAGACCAGAGGUUGAAAUGGAGAGGCGCAAACGCUCAAUUAAGAAUCUUGUUUUUUUAACAAUUAGCGGUUACUUUCCGAUUUUCCUGCAGCUCGUCAUUUAAUUUGGUUGUGUAGGUCCAAUUUGUGUUUCAUGUGAUUGGGGAGAAUUCGUCAACUUGUUUGGUCGUUUUUUUCUUCGUUUUGGUGACUUAACCUGACUAAGGUAUGAUGAAGGUGACGAAACCUCGUAUUAUGAUGAGCUCAAAGCGCAGAUGACAGAGCAGGCACAGGUUUGUACUGCUACCACGUCUCGUUUUACAUUUUGAUUGAAACAAUGGAUCCUCUUUUCAAGACCAUGGCUGACUUAACAUUUAUUUCUGUCCACAGCUAAAUCAGUCCGAGUUCCAAGACAUGGAUGACGAGACGCGAACACAGUAUGAGGGAUUCAGACCAGGAAUGUAUGUUAGGGUGGAGGUUAGUACAAGAUCAGAUGACGUAUUUUUACCUACUGUCUUACAGUAGCUACAGAGAGUUAAGUUAUACAUGAAUGAAGCUUCAUUCUCCAGUCGUAGGACAGUACUUUUAAACUGGAGCAAAAUCUAAAACCAGAUUAUCGCAAAGGCUGUUUUGACUGCUAAAAUGCUCAUGGCAAUUUCCAUUUGAUAAACAAUUUGAACACAAGAUGCAAAGGGGUCAAAGCGAGGAGAAUGAAUGAAUGAAUCAUCAGAGACUUGUAACCGACUUUGAUUUCACAUCUGAAGGUUCAUCAUGUAGUGGACAGUCAUAGAGUUGAUUCAAGUAUUUCGAAUUUCCUUUGAUAUUUUCUGAGAACUACAUAAACUUAAAUCUCAGUGGGUACAAUUGUAUGCACUUGAAACCGUCAUACCCAGAAAUAUUUCGUGUCACCAAUUUUUGUCUUUCAUUACCAAACUUUCAGCUCAGUGGUAUGCCCUGUGAGUUUGUCACCAACUUUGAUGCCAAAUAUCCCGUAAUUCUUGGCGGCCUUCUGCCGAGUGAGGAUAACAUGGGAUUUCUUCAGGUAAGUGUCAAUACGAAAGACAUCAUGGAAUGAUUCCUAAACCCUUUUCACCCUGAAGUCAUGUGGAACAAAAGAAGAAUGUUUAGCUCACGCCAUCAGCCUAUGACAAACUUGAAAUUUAAGAAUAUGGCUCUAUGUGAUUUUUUUUCAGGUUCGCUUUAAGAAACAUCGUUGGCACAAGCGCAUCCUCAAGACAAGGGAUCCGCUGAUCUUAUCUAUUGGCUGGCGCAGAUUUCAAACUUUGCCGAUGUACUCAGUCCAGGACCACAACGGCCGCCACAGAUUGCUGAAGUACACCCCUGAACAUCUACACUGCAUGGCUACCUUAUUUGGUAAGGAUACGUCUUAAAAUCCUCUUUGCUUACGUAACCUAAGAUCAAACUGUUUUUUUUUCGGGGGAGCACCAAACUGUAGCAGCUUAAGACUCGGCGGUCCGGAAAACAAAAUAGAUAAAAAGAAAACCUAGCGGUGAUGUGUGCACUGUACACAAAUGAACAUCAUUUUGUCUUUUUUUCUGCACGAAGCUUAUAUGUAUGUUGAAAAGAAUUUUUAGAAUCACAAGGACAAUUUAUUCAAUAACCACUUCUCCUCAGGUCCCAUAGCUCCCCCCGGAACUGGAGUCCUGGCAAUUCAAAGCACAGCAGGCGAUAUGGUGAGUUAGCAGGCCUUUGACCCUUUAACUCUCCAGGUCUGAUUGUUAAUGAAUAUCAUAGCAAGAAGUUACUUGUUAAUCACUUGUGGGAGUUAAAGGGUUAAACUCACUAGAUUUGGUUUUAGAAAUGUUUCUUUUCAGAUGCUUAACAUUUCGUUGGGAAUUAGAGAAGAGAAUUUUUUAAUUGGUGAUUUAUCGAACUCAAGAAAUCUGUUACAGUUUACGGACGGUCGAUUAAUAGCAUCAGUACUAGUCUAGAGGAUCAUAGAUGUUCUGUUCCAUCAUUACAGUGUCUUUUUCCUUGUUCUUUUCACCAUUUUAAGUCUGAUUUCCGCAUCUCAGCCACUGGUACCGUGUUGAACUUGGAUAAAUCUGUAGAACUAGUCAAGAAACUCAAGUUAACAGGAACACCCAUGAAGAUAUUUAAGAACACUGCAUUUAUCAAGGUGAUUUACAGAUGUUAUCUUUUGUAUAUUUUCAUUUGAAAGUGACGGAGAGCUUUUUCAGCCAGUAGCGAGAAUCUUGAGCGAAAAAGAAAAUUCCAGUCCCUUCGAUGGGAUACUGAUCUUUCUCAGGUCAAUCUUAGCACUCACCCCUCUCCAGUAUUUUCUGGUGUUCACCAAGCAUGAACUCAGUUAGGUCCUGUUAGUGUAGUGACUAGUUCCAGUUCCGAUGUUUUGAAUGUUCAAGAAAAGUAAGAAAGGUUUAUCGAGAUUUAGGAGAUUGGAAAGGGUCGAUAUCAUGUAACCAUCAUGAUAAAACUAGUCUAAUUCGUUUGAAACACGACCAAGCCUUCUCUAUGAAUGAUAAUGAUAACGUGAAACUGUCGCUAAGCACAAAAGACCAUUUGGAACUCAUGGAACUCAAGAUAAUUUUUUUCCAUCUCCAGGGCAUGUUCAAUUCAGCUUUGGAAGUAGCAAAAUUUGAAGGAGCAACAAUACGAACUGUCAGCGGUAUCAGGGGACAAGUUAAGCGCGCGCUGAAGGUAUGUUAUUUUGAUGUUUUGUUAGCCUCUUAAUCGAAGGGGAUAAAGAGGUUUUGUUUGGCUCAUUUGUUUUGCUUUUCUCACUAGAAUCCGGAAGGUGCUUUCCGUGCAACAUUUGAGGACAAAAUUUUGAUAAGUGGUGAGUAACAACUACUUUUGUGAGCCGGCUUUUUUAUAAAGACACGGUAUGAGAACAGAGUGAUCAGCAAUGAAAUCCAGUUUAUAACAUUGUACGCGCGUAUCUCGCACCUAAUUCCUAAUGAGCCACCAUGGUGUAUUCAAGUAAAAGUCCGCACUUUCUAUUGGUUUACUGGCGAAAUAACCCACGCAAGAGUUGCUUUUGGCUUCGUCUCGAGCCACUCUUACGCAUCUCUCGUGCUCUCCAAACAUCCCGCGUGCAUCCAUUAUUCGAUGUAUGCUCGCUAGGCAUGAACCAAUUCUUAAUUGAAGCAUGUGCAGGGAAUGCGCCUCUGACAGGCUUGCGCAUCUGAUUAGUUAAGGUGAUGACUUGAAGAUCUGAACCAAGUAAUCAAAUCAACAACCACCUGUGGUAACUCGGUAACUCAAAGCCUCGUACUGUUGUGUUCUCCAGACAUAGUUUUCAUUAGAACCUGGUACCCAGUCACAGUUCCGAACUUCUGCAACCCUGUGACGUCACUGCUCUUACCGCCAGAACAGAAGGCAACGUGGCAGGGCAUGCGCACUGUUGGUCAACUUCGAAAAGACCUAGGUUUGAAAGCGCCUGUCAAAAGUGAUUCGUUGUACAAGGUGAGUGCAUCAGUCACGCUCAGGUGUUAGCUCGAGUCGACGUCGAAGUAUUUCUUAUAAGUACUGCAAAAUUAUUGUCAACUGCUAUGCUAGGAAAAAUGGUCAAAUACUUGUGAAAGAAUAAUUCUGGUAUGACGCAGCGUUUUGUCUUGACAAUAAGACUACUCAUCAGUGCAAGGUCCUAAGAUUUAGGCAGUUAAGGCUUCAAUCAGAAGGAUUCACAACCGCGCGUAACAACAAGUAUCAUAUUCGAGUGAUUUUCUUGACCAAGACGAAAUGUCUUCUAAUGAUGCCAGGUCUCAAAGUUUGUCUUUGUUUUGUCUCUCUGCCUAAUUUUGGUUUGGUAUCAGUUGUAGCGGAUUUGGAACAGUUGUAUCCAGCAACAUUUAUCGUGAAUUCACCGAAGUAUAAAGGCUUCACCUCUUGAAUGUUACCCAUGUAUGUGGUGUAUUCAGGAUUAGACGCUUUGAAAAAGCUUAUAAAAAUUGUUUUUACCGACAACUAAGAUUCGGAGAACUGAAAAAAGGGCGUGGAUCGUGAGGGGUAAGGAGUAAUAAACUGAAGCAAUAUUUGUGUUAUUGGCAGCCUGUAGAGCGGGUCACUCGUCACUUUAACCCACUGGUGAUUCCAGCCAAACUUCAAAAAGAUUUACCAUUUAAAUCCAAACCCAAGCUGAUGAAGAAAAGGACUAAGCCAACCUUGGAAACGAAGCGCGCUGUUGUUAUGGAACCGCACGAAAAGAAGGUAGGUAUAUGACGGUCAAGUGCUGGUUUUCUUUUCAUUUAAGAGAAAUUUUCAGUUGAGUGUCGAAAUUAAUCCCAGAAUGCAUUGGUUUUGCUUUACUUCGCUCUGUUAAUGGAAACAUGGUGACGAGAAAACAAGAAGAAAUGAAUUGAAUAAAAAGCUUUCGUUGAUACCGUGGGAGUUAAGAGUGCCGAUUUGAAAGAUAAAUUUUUGUUCUAGAGUUUAGCGGCUUUCCGAACUGCCAUGAUAACUUAAAGAUUCCUCCUUCCUUUCCUUUAACAGGCUUUCACGCUCAUGAAGCAACUGUACACUGCAAACAAGGAGAAACAAAGAAAGCGAAAGGAGAAGCUUCAAGAGAAAAGAAAGGUCUUUCGUGCAGAGCAGGAGAAAAAGGACGCAAAACGACAACAGAAACAGAGAGAAGAAAGGAAAAAGAUUUUCAGAAUGUUGGGAAAAGCAGAACAACGGAAAAAGAAAACAUAAUAGCGAUCAAAUUUAUUAUUCUUUCUGUCAAUCUUUUCGCAUUUCUUGUAAAAAGUUGGGUAUAACGAUUCCACAUCAAACAGAUCAAUUGUUCUUCGGUGGUGAUUUUCAUUAAGUUUCUCCGCACCUUUCAGAUGCACAGUAAGGUAGCAUAGUAAGGAGAAGACAUACACUUAAUCCUUUAACUCCCUACAGUGACCAAGACAGAAUUUCUCCUUACAAUAUCAAUACAAUAUCAACCAGAGGAGUGAUGAGAAUAAAGAAAAAUAUCAAUUUGGGGACAAUGAGUUGAUCCAAUACUAAAUUCUCUGAACCAUCAUUAUAAGAAUUAAUGGUUGACAGUAAGGAGAAUUACAAAUUUUAUCUGGGAGUUAAAGGGUUAAGCCAGGCUUUGAUUGAAAUGGGUCAGUUUGUUUUUCUGUCACGAAUGACGUCUAGGACUUGCUUACGUGUUAGUGUGACGUCAGCUAUUGUCCUCAGUGUAUAAUACAGACUCUUAUUUGAAAUAAAUCCUUUUUUAUGAAUCUUGCGAAAAUUGCUAGAAUAAAACGAACGGAAUACAAGAAAGCUGACUUAGAAGGAACAGCUGAACUUAAUUUGGUAAUGGCCUGAUGGAAGUCGUAAUAGAAGAAGAAAGUCAAGUUUUUUAUACCAACCCUGUCAUAUCUUAGGACAGAGAACUGGGUAGUGAAACUGCUGCAGGUUGGUCGAAAGCCUCUCCGCAUCUUCGCUUUUUCCUUUUUUCCCCUCUUCUAAAACGAGUGUAUCUGCACAUAAUUUAUAGUCUACGAUAAUAUGUUUGGUCUGUUUGUUUGCAGCUUUGACAAGUACCGGAGCGCAAAUGGUUUCCAAUUAGCAAAUAACGAGGUAAACACAGGUUGAGAACCUUGUUGGAUGGAAAAUGGGGUAAACUCUGUUUGAUUCUCGUCAAGCGUUUUUGACAUUUCUCAACCCAACUGCUUUACCAAACUUCCUAAAAUAGCGC